AUGCGUUCUUUCGGCGCCGCGCAGCUCCUUACUGGGCUGUGCCUCCUGGCUGCGCUCAGCUGGGCGGAGCAUACAUCCAACUGGGCCGUCCUGGUUUCGACGUCCCGCUUCUGGUUCAACUACCGUCACCUCGCCAAUGUGCUUUCGCUCUACCGUACCGUCAAGCGUCUCGGCAUCCCCGACUCGCAGAUUAUCCUCAUGCUCCCCGACGACAUGGCAUGCAAUCCGCGCAACGCCUUCCCCGGUACCGUGUACAACAAUGCAGACCGCGCGCUAGAUCUGUACGGUGAUAAUAUAGAGGUGGACUACCGCGGAUACGAGGUGACUGUGGAGAACUUCAUCCGCCUCAUGACGGACCGCGUUGGCGAGGACAUGCCGCGCAGUAAACGCCUCUUGACCGACGACCGAAGCAAUAUUUUGGUCUACAUGACAGGCCAUGGCGGCAACGAGUUCUUGAAGUUCCAGGAUGCCGAGGAGAUCAGUGCAUUUGAUCUUGCGGAUGCCUUUGAGCAGAUGUGGGAGAAGAAGCGCUACCACGAGAUGCUCUUCAUGAUUGACACGUGCCAAGCCAAUACCAUGUACAGCAAGUUCUACUCGCCUAACAUCAUCGCCACCGGUUCCUCGGAGAUUGACCAGUCGUCGUAUUCGCAUCAUGCAGACAACGAUGUGGGUGUGGCCGUUAUCGACCGCUACACGUACUACAACCUUGAGUUUCUUGAGACGCAGGUCAAAGAUUCGUCGUCUAAAUUGACCCUUGGUGACCUUUUCGAUAGCUACGAUGAGGCCAAGAUUCACAGUCACCCUGGUAUCAGGUACGAUCUCUUCCAAGGCGGAGAGAAGGCGGCUCGAGACAGGCUAGUCAUGGAUUUCUUCGGAAAUGUGCAGAAUGUCGAGGUCGAAGGUGUAGGGCGCAAUGAAACGAAGCUUGAGGAAGAGCUGGAGUAUCUGAGCAGGUUGAUCGAAGCCGCAAAGCAAAAGGCCAACGAAACCGAGGCUGCGGCAGCGUAUAGUGUAGGCGUUGAUAAGGACGAGGUAGCAGUCCAACCGAAGACUGCGAAGAAGUUUGAAGGAGCAGCCAAGGUUGAGCGAGACGACGGAUGGGGCAAGCAAAUCAUUGGACUCUCUGCGGCAAUAGGCAUUGCCGGUAAUAUCCAGGAUCCCUUCCUCGACGCUGGCCAAGCUGGGAAUAACGAGGUUUAG